AUGGAAAAUUUUGGUGUUUCUCAUCGAGGUCCUGCUAAAAUCAAUCAAUUGGGUGGUGUAUUCUUGAACGGAAGACCAUUACCGAAUGAAACGCGAUUAAAGAUCGUUGAAUUAGCAGCCGCCGGUGUAAAAUGUUCAGAAAUCGCUCGAGAAUUAAGAGUUUCACAUGGAUGUAUUAGCAAAAUUUUAAACCGAUAUCUAGAAACUGGAAGUAUUCGUCCAGGUGUUGUUGGUGGUUUAAAACCCAAAAUAACCGAUCGUGCUAUUCAAGAUCGUAUUCAACAAUACCAAAAGGAAAAUCCCAACCUACCAAGUUGGGAAAUCCGGGAUAAACUCGUGUCCGAAGGAGUUUGCGUUAAAAAUAACACCCCGGCAUUAUCCGCAAUCGAAAAUGUAUUAUCGGGAGAAACCAAUUGGGAUAAAUCCCCAUCUUCGUCAUCAGAAGAUCAAAACUCCACAAAUAUAAACGAUUACGAUUACGAACCAAGUAUACAACUAAAAAGGAAGUUAAGGAAAAGUAGGACGGCCUUUACAAUUGAACAAUUAGAAGAAUUAGAACUAGCUUUCGCCAAGGUUCAAUAUCCAGACUCUGAUUUUAAGUUGGAAUUAGCGCAAAAAAUGAAUUUAACUGAAGCCACGAUACAAGUUUGGUUUAAUAAUCGCCGAGCGAAGUUGAGGAAGCAAAUGAUUGCUUCAAGUUCUUAUCAUGGUAAUUUAACCGGAUUUCCAAUGGAAACUAAUAGAAAUGAUGGUUUAAAUUCACCUACUUUAUUACCCACUCAACAAAAUUCUCCUGGUUUAAAUGGACAUCCCGGCUUCAAUUUUAAUUCCAGUAAUUACCAAUUACCACCACAAGAAACUUCAUAUAAUUUCGAUCAACACCCGGGAUUUAAUCAACAAGCCAAUCAACAAUUGGUUAAUUUUUAUGGAAAUGAUAACGUUAAUUACUACCAAGAAAAUACUUCAAAUAACCAGCAUCUUUAUUACAAUGGAAUCAUUCAGUCUUAUAGAAAUAAUACCUACGCUUAUCAAGACUAUUCGAAUAAUUGUGAAAGUGGAAAUAAUUAUUUAUUUUCAUCAACAAGGUAA